AACGACCGGCCAACCGAACAUCAGUCGUGAGUGGUCUACGAGCCGAAAUUAUUACAAUCUCAAUUCGAAUCGUCAUCACAGUGACUAGUCCCGAGCAAUACGAUUUAUUUAUAUUCGAGUCCGGUUAAGACAUCUGACAUGCACGUGAACAUUGCAGUCGUCCUGUUCGCAGUGGCGACGCUACUUCAGCAAUCUCACUGUAUACCAACGCAUCGUUAUGUUAGAGAAACUGGUAGAGAAGGACAAGAUUGGACAACUAGAAUCAAAGAAUACUUAAACAAGAUUCCAGGCUACGGAUCAUCAUCUUCUGAAUCACAAUCACCGUCAUCAUCAACAAGUCAGCCAGACUCAUCAUCGUAUGAGCAAGGUGCCACUGCAGGAACUGAAUCUGCUGCAUCCGAGAUACAUUCUUCAGUCGCAACUAAAGAAGGCUCCACUCCUUCAUCUGGUUUCCCAUCAUACACAGAUUACAUGCCAAGUCAAUUAAGCCAAUACCAGAACAGCUUCCCUAAUCCAAGUCAAUUUAGUCAAUAUCAGAAUCAAUUCCCCAACCCAAGCCAAUUCAGCCAAUACUUAAAUUCCAAUUCUGGUAGUUCUGGUACCGCCGCUGGUACUGCCGGAGCCGCAUCCGAACCACAAGCUGCAAUAGCCGCUAAAGAAGGAAGCACAUCCUCAUCCGGAUUCCCAUCUUACACAGACUACAUGCCGAGUCAAUUAAGUCAAUACCAGAACAGCUUCCCGAACCCAAGUCAGUUUAGCCAAUAUUUCAACUCCAAACCAAGCAGUUCCGGCGCUGCUGCUGGUACUGCCGGAGCCGCAUCUGAACCACAAGCUGCAAUAGCCGCUAAAGAAGGAAGCACAUCCUCAUCCGGAUUCCCAUCUUACACAGACUACAUGCCGAGUCAAUUAAGUCAAUACCAGAACAGCUUCCCGAACCCAAGUCAGUUUAGCCAAUAUUUCAACUCCAAACCAAGCAGUUCCGGCGCUGCUGCUGGUACUGCUGGAGCCGCAUCCGAACCACAAGCUGCAAUAGCCGCUAAAGAAGGAAGCACAUCCUCAUCCGGAUUCCCAUCUUACACCGAUUAUAUGCCGAGUCAAUUAAGUCAAUACCAAAACAGCUUCCCCAAUCCAAGUCAGUUUAGCCAGUACCAGAACCAAAUCCCUAACCCAAGUCAGUUCAGCCAAUACUUCAAUUCCAAUUCUGGUAGUUCUGGUGCCGCCGCUGGUACUGCCGGAGCCGCAUCCGAACCACAAGCUGCAAUAGCCGCCAAAGAAGGGAGCACAUCUUCAUCCGGAUUCCCAUCUUACACAGACUACAUGCCGAGUCAAUUAAGUCAAUACCAAAACAGCUUCCCGAACCCAAGUCAGUUUAGCCAGUACCAGAACCAAAUCCCUAAUCCAAGUCAGUUCAGCCAAUACUUCAAUUCCAAUUCUGGUAGUUCUGGUGCCGCCGCUGGUACUGCCGGAGCCGCAUCCGAACCACAAGCUGCAAUAGCCGCCAAAGAAGGGAGCACAUCUUCAUCCGGAUUCCCAUCCUACACAGACUACAUGCCGAGUCAAUUAAGUCAAUACCAGAACAGCUUCCCGAACCCAAGUCAGUUUAGCCAGUACCAGAACCAAAUCCCUAACCCAAGUCAGUUCAGCCAAUACUUCAAUUCCAAUUCUGGUAGUUCUGGUGCCGCCGCUGGUACUGCCGGAGCCGCAUCCGAACCACAAGCUGCAAUAGCCGCUAAAGAAGGGAGCACAUCUUCAUCCGGAUUCCCAUCCUACACAGACUACAUGCCGAGUCAAUUAAGUCAAUACCAGAACAACUUCCCGAACCCAAGUCAGUUUAGCCAGUACCAGAACCAAAUUCCUCAAUCGAUGAACCCUGGUCAAUACUUUAAUUCAAAACCUACUGGUGCAUAAAGUGAAUAGUGGUGUAGGUCAAAGAAAAUCAGCUGGCACCCUAUAGGUUUAAGGACAUAUUUAAUUUACCGCAACAUAUGUACCGACGCGUUUAUAAUAUUAAAUGUGUGUAAUAUUAUUUUAACUUUAUUAAAAAAUUUAAAAAUAUCUCAAUUCAUAUUUUUUUUUUUACUGUUUAUCGUUAAUAUUAUUUUUUACAUAUUGUAAAUUCUGGAAAUAAAUAGAGUUUUAUAGUUAAGGUGUUUCUAUAAUAUUGUAUUAAUAAUUAAUAAUGUGUCUUACUCAAAAUAUAUGUAAUAUUUGUCUAUUGA